GGUAACUCUGCAUUUAGUGAAAACCGCCUGAAACCAGAAUGCCCUGCGUCAUCGCGUAACAUCACCCCGUGCGAGUUUCUGCGUGUUGACCUCAUGAGCCGUCACCCGGAACCGGGGUGCUUUGGGAAGAUGCUCAAUACAAGAAAAUUGAUGCGUGUUGAAAAUCUACCUCGCUGUGAAGAUGAGAAAAUGGUUCCGGUACUAGCGUCAAAAAGAGCGAGUGAACUCCCGGUGAACGAAGUAGCCUGCAUUUUACAGGCUGACCUGCAGUAUGGUUUGAGUCACAGUGAGGUUUCCUGUCGACGUGUGUACCAUGGCUGGAAUGAAUUUGAUAUUGGCGAAGAAGAGCCCCUGUGGAAAAAGUACAUUUCACAGUUUAAAAACCCUCUCAUUCUGCUUUUGCUGGCAUCUGCUGUAAUCAGUGUGCUAAUGCAUCAGGUUGAUGAUGCUGUCAGCAUCACUGUGGCCAUUACUAUCGUUGUAACGGUUGCCUUUGUACAGGAAUAUCGCUCUGAAAAGUCUCUCGAAGAACUGGGCAAGCUAGUGCCUCCAGAAUGUCACUGUGUGAGGGAAGGGAAUCUAGAACACAUGCUUGCACAGCAGCUGGUUCCUGGAGAUACAGUUUGCCUGUCCGUUGGAGAAAGAGUUCCUGCAGAUUUACGUCUGUUUGAGGCUGUUGAUCUAUCUAUUGAUGAGUCAAGUCUGACAGGAGAAACAACCGCUUCAACAAAAUGUACUGCUCCUCAGCCUGCUACAACCAAUGGGGACCUCACCACAAGAAGCAAUAUUGCUUUUAUGGGAACCUUGGUUAUAUGUGGAAAAGCAAAGGGAAUAGUUAUUGGAACAGGGGAAAAUUCUGAAUUCGGGGAGGUUUUCAAGAUGAUGCAAGCUGAGGAGGCACCCAAAACCCCUUUACAGAAAAGCAUGGAUUUGCUUGGAAAACAGCUCUCCCUGUAUUCCUUUGGCAUCAUAGGUGUCAUUAUGCUUGUUGGUUGGAUGCAAGGAAAGCAUAUACUUGAUAUGUUUACAAUUGGUGUAAGCUUGGCUGUGGCCGCCAUUCCCGAAGGCUUGCCCAUUGUGGUGACGGUGACAUUGGCACUGGGAGUAAUGCGAAUGGUGCAGAAGAAUGCUAUUGUAAAGAAACUACCAAUAGUGGAAACACUAAGCUGUUGCAAUGUAAUUUGUUCUGACAAAACUGGGACACUGACCAAGAAUGAAAUGACUGUCACCCAUAUAUUUACAUCUGAUGGCCUCCAUGCAGAGGUUACAGGAGUUGGAUACAAUGGUUCAGGAGAGGUGAUAUCAGAUGGUGAAGUGAUACAUGGCUUUUCCAAUUCAUCUAUAUGUAAAGUAGUGGAGGCGGGGUGUAUUUGCAAUGAUGCCGUUAUUAGAAAUAAUACAUUAAUAGGAAGGCCUACAGAGGGAGCUUUAAUUGCUCUUGCAAUGAAGAUGGGAUUAGAUGGCGUUCAGCAAGAACACAUUAGACGGGCUGAACACCCCUUCAGCUCAGAGCAAAAGUGGAUGGCUGUCAAAUGCGUUCACCGAACCCAGCAGGAUAAGCCUGAGACAUACUUUAUGAAGGGCGCCUAUGAACAAGUAAUACAUUGUUGCACAACCUAUAAUAGCAAGGGGCUCACCCUGCCGCUUACCCAACAACAGAGGGAACUGUAUCAGCAAGAAAAGACCUACAUGGGAUCUGCAGGACUGCGAGUACUUGCCUUUGCUUCUGGUCCGAAGAUUGGCCAGCUUACCUUCCUGGGUCUGGUGGGAAUUAUAGAUCCUCCAAGGACAGGGGUGAGAGAGGCUGUAGCUACACUGAUUGGCUCAGGGGUUGCCAUCAAAAUGAUAACUGGAGAUUCCAAGGAGACUGCCGUUUCCAUUGCUAGCCGAUUGGGUUUGUAUUCUAAAGGAUCUCUGUCAAUUUCUGGAGAAGAGGUUGACCAGAUGGAUGUUCAUCAGCUGUCACAUGUAGUUCCAAGGACAGCUGUGUUUUACCGAGCCAGCCCGAGGCACAAAUUGAAGAUUGUGAAGUCUUUGCAGAACAUUGGUUAUGUUGUGGCAAUGACGGGCGAUGGAGUGAAUGAUGCUGUAGCACUGAAAGCUGCUGACAUAGGAGUGGCAAUGGGGCAGACUGGUACUGAUGUGUGCAAAGAAGCUGCUGAUAUGAUUCUGGUUGACGAUGAUUUUCGGACAAUCUUGUCUGCCAUUGAAGAAGGAAAAGGAAUUUACAAUAACAUCAAGAACUUUGUUAGAUUCCAGCUCAGCACGAGCAUUGCAGCACUGACUUUAAUUUCAUUGGCUACUUUGAUGAAUUUUCCUAAUCCUCUAAAUGCAAUGCAGAUUUUAUGGAUUAAUAUUAUAAUGGAUGGACCUCCAGCUCAAAGUUUGGGCGUUGAACCUGUUGAUAAUGAUGUAAUACGUAAACCUCCAAGAAAUGCAAAAGAUAGUAUUCUCACCAAGAAUCUGCUAGUGAAAAUUUUGGUUUCAUCACUUGUCAUUGUAUGCGGGACACUGUUUGUAUUCUGGAGAGAGUUGCGUGACAAUGUCAUAACACCCAGAGACACAACCAUGACCUUCACCUGCUUUGUGUUUUUUGAUAUGUUUAAUGCACUAAGCUCAAGAUCACAGGUGUAAUUCCUCCCAGGUCAUGCCAUAAUACUUACAAGGCCAACUGUAACACCCCCUAGGAACCAUACAAUUAGUCCUAUGAAGUUGUUAUCCACUGUUUGGUGUCAAUGCCUGCAUGGCUGAAAAUGUAAAGAGCAUUAACCAGGGACAUCUUUACAACGGUCAUACAAUAUGUAAUGAAAGAGCAUUAUGUUUCCAAGAAGUUUCUCUGUGAUAAAACACUUUGAAAAGAGGAUAAAAGCAAAUUGAAAUGGUUGAAUGGAAGGCAUGGCUCUUGCAGCAAACUGAGAUGGUUUUGUAUUAAGGAGGAGAGCUCAUAUGAAUCUGCUUAAGCACCACUGCAGCUGUUAAUAUCUCAUAAAUCAUUUGCAACUUCAUAUUUUCAGUGGAGAAAAUCUAACGGCAGCCUUCAUUUCUGGGUAAUAAUGUUUUGAGAAAUUGUCUUUAUACUUGGUACAGUACAUUGUGUAUCAUACAAGAAACAAAUAUUUCGUGCCAGUUAUUUUACAGUAGUCUCUCACUAAAUCUGACAUGUCGGGAGACAGACAGGUUGUCCGAAAUAACAAUGUGUCCAGUUUAAAAACCUGUUUUAAAUGUAUAAAUCAUUGUGCUGAAAUAACAUUAAAUGUGUUCUCUGUACACAUAACAUUAUGUAGAACUGUAAAUCUGUCCAGAAGGCCUAUACAGUAUAAAAUCAAAUUAAUACUUAGCACACUUUUGUUUCAACUUCAGCUAUAGGCUACUGGCAGCACAAAAAAAUCAUGCUGUUGCAUUGACUGUUCAAUGCUAAAAUAAUAAAAUAUUAUUUUAAAUUGAAACUAAAUGAUUGUAGCACUUUUUUUUUUUUAACCAUAGCCUUCAUGGUACACAAUAGAUCAUGGUGGUACAUUGACACGUUAUGAUACUAUACAAUAACUUACUGCACACACUUUUUACUGUAGACCAUGAGUUUAUGUCCUCUUUUAAUCAUUUUCUUAAUUUUUGUGAUUUUAGUGGGCUACUUUUAUCACUUCUGUUUUCAUCCUGUCAUUGGUGUCAAUAUAAGUGUGUUUUUGUAGUUUUUUUUUUUUUUUUUUGAGGGGGUAUCUAUUUUUGAAUCCUGCAAUUGAGUGACCUAGCAUCACAUUUAAUUAGUUAUUAUUGGGGGACAUGCACUGCGGGCGGCACACACGAAUGUAUGGCAUAAAGGUGUCUGUAUUAGUGUUGUACUACUGUACUGCAGUGUCCAAGCCUAAAAUCUCACAAUUGAUUUGAGUUAAUAGGGUUAUUGAAGUUUCUGCUGUUUGGCGACCACACACUUUGAGUUAAUGUUUGGUACAAAGCUGCAUGCUUUGAUUUUCUAUUAUCUGUGUUGUCCAGUAAAAAAAACAAAAAAAAAAACACGACCAAGCGCUGAAUGUCAGCAAAGUGCUGAAUUGCUGUCUGUGCGCAAAAGUCACCCUCAUGUUAAAAAAAAAAAAAAAAAAAAAAAAACUACAUUUUCUGAACAAAUACAUAGUUAUUAAUUUAAACUGCAUUGUUUCUUUUUAUAUGCCUAACAAUUAGCUUUAUAUAUGAAUCCUAAGCAGAAUUACACAACUACACUUUGGCCUUGACUUAAGUUCAGUGGCCUUGGUGCCCACUAAUAUUGAACUGAAGGCCAUUUUGGCCUUGCUUCUUUUUGUUUUGCCAAUUUAGAGCACUGGUAUUGUAUUUUACGAGAUAGCAUCAGCUUUUGCAACAUGCCUUCCUUAAAUUGUCUUUGUGGUAGCCAUAAUAGCAUGUGUAUGUUAUUAAUGUGCUAAACAUUAAAAGGAUAAGUUGAGGGUAACCGAGUAAAGGAUAUGGUGUGUGUAUAUACACAUUGGAGGGAAAGGAAAACACACUGGUCAUAAAAAGAGAAAUUAGGUAUUUACUGCUAUAUUGGCAAACAUAUGAAACUGCACAAUGGGCAUCAAAAUUGGAAAGAAACCAAUUGCUGAUUUUUCAACUAAACUCGGUCUGAUUUAUUUGUAUUAAGGUAAUUAUAAAAAAAAAAAAACACACACCCCCCCCCCCC